GGCUGUCUCCAGGAGGUGGGUCUGGGCUUGGCUGGGAUUUCAUUGUCAGUCCUUGCUGAGUCUCCUUGGAGUGUGUGCGAGAGCUGGGGCUGGGUGGGCACCGCUGGCUGUCGCUGACCUCUGAUCCCUGGCUUGGGAUACUCUGUGGAUAUUCUGCUAGUAGCAGCAUGGCACUGUGAUAGCGACACAACAUGGGCAGCGCGGGCAUCUGGCUUCUCCUUACAGGGAUCUAUGCAGUAGGUGUGUCCUGGGCCCAGCGUCAGGUCAUCAUCCAGCAGGGGCCCCUGUACCGUACCGCGGGCUCUCACAUCACUCUCUGGUGCAAGGUGCGGGGCUACCAGGGCCCAUCCGAGCAGAACUUCCUCUACUCCAUCUACCUGCCGUCCGCCCCUGACAGAGAGGUGCAGGUGGUGGCCACCGGCGACCCCGCCUUCUCCUACGCCAUCUACAGCCAGCGGGUACGUAGCGGGGACAUAUCUGUGGAGAGAGUGUCCGGCGACCACACGCUGCUGCACAUCCGCCAGCUGGAGGAACGGGACGCCGGAGAGUACGAAUGUCACACGCCCAACACUGACCCCACCUACCACGGCAGCUACAGCGCCAAGAUGAACCUGAGCGUAAUUCCGGAUUCCCUGGUGGUCUCGUCUUCUGCUCAGACCCUACAGAAGGUGGAGGGGGGCUCCCUGCAGCUGUCCUGUGAGGUGUCCCAUAGCACCCCCCAGCACACCCACCUCUCCGUCUCUUGGUACCGACGGACGGGGGAGCAGACGGAGGAGGUCAUCUCUCUAACGCGGAAUUUCUCUCUGGUCCCUGGACCGUCCUAUGCGCCGCGCUUCUCUGUGGGGGAUGUAAGGCUGGAUAAAGUGGGCGACAGCACUUUCCGUCUCACCCUGUACAACCUGCAGCCUUCUGACCAGGGAGAGUACUUCUGCCAGGGGGCGGAGUGGAUUGAGGAUCCGGACGGGGCCUGGUUCGCCAUGACAAAGAAGGAAUCAGAAGCAUCCGAUGUCAGUGUCCAAGCGGCAGACAAGGAGUUCAACGUGCGCCUGGAAACGGACCGUCGUACGUACAGCGCAGGGGAGAGCGCCGAGCUGAGGUGCAUCAUCGAUGCUCAGAACACGCCCGAUCGCAUGUUUGCCGUAUCCUGGGCCUUCAACAGCUCUCUGAUCGCCAGCCUGAGUCCCGGGGGCGUAGCCUCCCUUAUCGGAGAAUACAGCCAGCGAGAGAGUCGCGGGGAGCUGCGCGUGGGCAGGGACAGCGACAGCAUCUUCUCGCUCAACAUCUUCCGGCUGCGUCCAGAGGACAGCGGGAAAUACAACUGCCGGGUGACCGAGAGGGAACGAUCGGCUUCCGGAGAAAUGGCCGACCGCGAGAGCAAGAGGCCGAAGAACAUCCCCAUUUCCGUGCUCCCCCUAAAGACGUCUCUCACGGUCACCGUGGUGGCGAAUUCCAGCUCUGUGCUCGAAGGUGCUCCUAUCACCCUGACCUGCGCAGUGGCCUCGCUGUCUGGACCGCAUAGCCGCAUCUCCGCCUCUUGGCACCUACAAGAUAAGCAAAACCUCCAGAGGGAGGUGAUCCGGCAGGACCGCGAUGGGGUCACAUGGGCAAGUCAUAUGUACAGGGAUCGUUCUGGUUCCGGCGGGCUACGGAUGGUGAGGACCGGCUCCGACACAUUCACCCUGGAGCUAGAGAGCAGCCAACGCACAGACGCUGGAUCAUAUGAAUGCCGCGUGGCGGAAUGGGUGCCAUCCUCUGACGGAGAGUGGCAGAUGCUGGGUGAGAGGUCGGCCCAGACCAGUGUAGAGGUCACCUUACUAGAAUCUGGAUUUGCUGUGACCGCCAUUUCCCGUACGCCUGGGGUCACCUACUAUGACUCCUUUGACCUCCAGUGUAUUCUGAAGCCUCACUACCCGCCCUGGGUGGGCAUAUCUGUCACAUGGAGAUUCCAGUCGGCUGGGGGAGGUGAUGCCCAUGACUUGGUGACGUUCAGCCGCUCUGGUGGGGUCCAGUGGGGAGAGCGCGCUGGUAAUUUCCGCGGUCGCAGCAUAGUGGAGAAAGCAGAUUCCAGCCACAAUGUGCGCUUGAGCGUCAGCCGGGCGAGCGAGUCUGAGGCUGGGAAAUACCAGUGUGUGGCCGAGCUGUGGAGGAGAGAAUACAAUGCCAGCUGGACCCGCCUGGCGGAGAGGACGUCCAACCUACUGGAGAUCAGAGUGCAGCGCCCAGUGUCUCGCCUGCAGAUCAGUAAGGUGAAGCGCUCUCUCAGCGUGUUGGAGGGUUCGGCGGUCUCUCUGACCUGCUCUGUGCGCUCUCAGACCAGCCCGGACUCCCGCUUCUCGGUGCUGUGGUUCGCUCACCGCCCCUCGGGUGCUGACGGAAAGCUGAUCGUGCGCAGCGGAGCUGGGAUGGAGUACGGCACCUAUGCCGAUGAGGCAUCUCUGAAGGACAGGCUGCAGCUGGAAGUGCUCUCCCCGGGGCAGUACACACUCACCUUGCUGGGGGCUCGACGUGAGGACAGCGGCAGCUACUACUGCCAUGUGGAGGAGUGGGUGCUCGACCCCAACCAGGCCUGGUACCAGCUGGCUAAGGACGCCUCGGGGCUCACGGAGCUCGUUGUGAAAAUGCCCGAUAACAACUUACAGUUGGACCAGCUCCCUCGGAACGUGUCCGUCUUAGAGGGCGAGAGCCUGACCGUGAGCUGCCAGGUGAUGAACCGCACUCUGCCGGAGUCUCGUCUGUCCCUAGAGUGGCUCGUCUGGCCGGCGUCUGAGUCUGAGAGAAGAGCCUUGGCCAGGUUGUCCACUGAUGGGAUCACUCUGCCGCCAUCUGAGGAGGAAUACAGGGGGAACUCUGACCUGGCCGGUCGCCUGCAGCUCUCCCAGCCGGCCCCCGGCCUCUACACCCUUACUCUGCAUACAGCGGUGGAACAGGACAGCGGAGCCUAUAGCUGCCGAGUGCAGGAAUGGCUGCAGGAUCCAGGACGUCAGUGGUACAAGCGGGCAGACGACCGAUCAGCGGCCACCUAUGUGAGCGUGCGGCGUCCGGAUGCCACGUUGCAGCUGGACGUCAACCCUCAGAACAUCUCUGUGAUGGAUGGCGGCCAUUUUAUUCUGGACUGCACCGUCUUGUCUCGGUCUCGCAUGGACUCCCAGAUAGCCGUGUCCUGGUCUUUUCAUAGAGGGGGCCGGGGGGCAGAUCCAGAGACCAUCCUAAGCACAGACCGAUCCGGGGUGUGGAGCCCCCUCGCCCCACGAUGGGAGGGCCGCCUUCAGCAGCUGCAGCUCUCUCCCACAGUCUUUAAGCUGAGGGUUCCUCAGGCGGCUGCGGCGGACUCUGGGAACUACACGUGUGCUGUACAGGAGUGGCUGCUGGGGCCGCGGGGGGACUGGUACCUCCUGGCCCAGGAUGAAGCCCUGAUUGGUUGGGUCGCCGUGCAGAGCAAAGAAUCCAACCUGCAGUCCGUCAUCUGCUCCAACGACGCCCUCUUCUACCUGGUCUUCUUCUACCCUUUCCCAAUAUUUGGCAUCCUCAUCAUCACCAUCCUGCUGGUGAGGUUUCGCAGCCGGCCCUCGGGAAAGACGGGUGAGGGAAAAAACGGGGUGCCCCUUCUAUGGAUCAAGGAACCACACCUGAAUUAUUCUCCCACCUGCCUGGAGCCGCCCGUCCUCAGCAUCCACCCUGGCACCAUAGACUAGAGAUAGACUGAUGCUUUGUGUUGUGCCAGCUCCAGGGAGGGGAACCGUAUAGACUGCUGACGGAUCUGGGGAGAUUUGUGCUGGAAACGUUUUCUGUGGCCCCGGCCAAAGCCUUGUACAGAGGGAGAGUCCCGCGGGUGCUCUAGGGCUCAUUCCCAGGCUUCCGCAUUGUGCGUAGGCCUCUCAUUGGCUUGCUGCGGCCCCUGCUCUGGAAGUAGGAUAGUCAGCGAGAGAUUGUAUUAUUUCUGACAAGUGCAUUUCAUUCACAUGAAGGACAUAAGUGCGGCCUGUUGGGGCCUCGCUGGGACAGUCGCCACCGCGCUGGUGUAACAUGGAUCUCGGCACAGACUGUAGCGCACUUAUGUCUGUAUAAUAGUUCCGGUGGCACCUUUUGUACCCGCCCAGCUGUAUCUGCCUGUGGAUCAUUUCUGUACACCCUGUUUUUAACCCUUAAUAUUUACUGUAUGUUUUAUUUGUUGCACUGUGGGAUUAUGGGUAACUGCUGCAUUCCAGCGGGGACGCCUCCCCGGUUUUGUGGUUGAUGGUCCAGCCUGUAAAUACACUCCAGGAGUGAAAGUGUUAAUGGGAACGUUUUAGGAGCUCCCGGUGACCCUACCGCCUCGCUGAGAACAGCCCUGGUCUUCCUACGGCUUUGCCCAGAGGGCGGCCAUCUUGUAACUGCCUCAGCCUGCAGAAUGGCUCCGGCGCCGGACUCUGGGUGAGCAUGAGCUCUGAGGGAUGAAAGCGGUGUCGCUGUGUACACAAUGUGCGCCCUGCUGCAAAUCUGUCUUCCUUCUCUUACGAUUCCAGUUCGGCCUCCUCUCCUCAUACGCUUACAAUGAGCACUGUAAAUAUGGCCGACUUCCCUUCCAUUACCAGGCUGCAGCGCCACUCAGCUGAGCACUCUCGCUAUUCUGUGAUAAAUGGGUGCCGCAGCCACUGGUUUCGUUUCUGGACGCGAAAUGGUUAAUGUGAUGUUACCGUUGACCCACGCAGGUAGCGUUACACCUGUUACCCCCUCCCCCAAAUCCAUUUUGUGAUAUGUUGCACUGAGCUUGUUUUUAUAUGACCUUUGUUUGACAAUAGUAAACGCUGUGUUCUGUU